UUCAAAAUGGUUUGGUACUAUAUAUCUGUUCUCCAUUUUCUGCAAAAUACUAACAGCUAGCAGAAGAGAAAGUAAAGUCACGAAGAUGCCAGAGAUAUAAACUAAUAAUAAUUCCUUAAUUAUUCUCAAUGUUAUUUCUAUUUAAUUACCUAGCUAGAUCCACACAGUUUUAUAAAAAGAAAAGAAAAGAAAGAAAAUGAUUGACGUUGAUUUGAGAUUCACCUUAUCAUAUAUCUUCUGUGAACAUUAUAUCGAUGCAAACCGGCCAAUAAACAAGAUACAAGUUUAUACCUUAUAUUGAAGCCCUUAAUUAGGAAAGAGACUCGCAUCAUAUAGAAGGCCUUCUCUUUCUCUCAAUUUACUUUCAUGUUAUCCAAUACAGUACCUACUAUUUCAUUCAUAAUUUCCAUCAUAAGAAUACAAACAGUACUUUCAUAUACUUUGCCCAGCUUACAUGAGAUCUUAGAUUUAAACCCGAUUGUAUGAAACAAAUUUGGAUUUUAAUUUUUGCAAAAAAAAAAAGGUUCUCUUGCAAUACCUGAAUUCACAUCAUCUCUACAAAAAAAUGCAAUUAAUUGGACAUUAAAGAGAAGAGAAAGAGAUAAUGACUGGGUACACUGAUAAAGGCGGGAUUGUCGUCAUUGAAUUUCAGAUUAUAUCCGCGUGAAUUUAAUGCUCAUAACAAUAAUAUCCCAACUGUAAAAGACUACAAGGUUGGUCCUUUCUCUUCCAUCUCCUACUAUAAAUAGUUUUGUUCAUUACAAGUUCUUCAUCCACUCAUUAACCCAAAGCACAUAGUUCGGAAUUUGUAGCUUCAUUUCUAGCGACAAUGGCAUCUGGGAAGUACAUUAUGAAUAUAGGGUUAGUGAUAGUGGUUCUGGUUUUAUGCAGUAAUGGGUUUGGAUUUGCACAACAAGUACCUUGCUACUUUAUUUUUGGUGACUCUUUGGUGGAUAAUGGGAAUAACAACCAGCUCAAUUCAUUGGCCAAAGCUAAUUACCUUCCCUACGGGAUUGACUUCUCUGGUGGUCCAACUGGAAGGUUUUCCAAUGGCAAAACUACUGUUGAUGUAGUCGCUGAGCUUUUGGGGUUCAACGGUUACAUAAGUCCCUUUGCAACAGCAAGUGGUAGAGACAUACUUAGGGGAGUGAAUUAUGCUUCUGCAGCUGCCGGCAUUAGAGAGGAAACUGGACAGCAAUUGGGUGGUCGUAUCAGUUUUAGGGGGCAGGUACAAAAUUACCAAAGAACAGUGACCCAGAUUGUAAAUUUACUGGGAGAUGAGAACACGGCUGCAGAUUACCUUAGCCAGUGCAUCUACUCAAUUGGAUUGGGUAGCAAUGAUUACCUCAACAACUAUUUCAUGCCCUUAGUCUAUUCCAGCAGUAGGCAGUUCACACCCCAGCAGUAUGCUAAUGUUCUUAUUCAGGCAUAUGCUCAACAACUCACGGUUUUGUACAAUAAUGGCGCAAGGAAACUGGCGUUGUUUGGGGUUGGUCAAAUAGGUUGCAGCCCUAAUGCAUUGGCCCAAAACAGCCCAGAUGGUAGAACAUGUGUGGCAAGAAUCAAUUCUGCAAACCAAUUAUUCAACAACGGAUUGAGAUCUCUUGUUGAUCGAUUCAACAACCAGUUUCCGGAUGCGAGAGCCAUCUAUGUAAACGUUUAUGGUAUCUUUCAAGAUAUCAUAAACAACCCAUCUUCCUAUGGAUUCAGAGUUACAAAUGCUGGGUGCUGUGGGGUAGGAAGGAACAAUGGUCAAAUUACAUGUUUGCCCUUUCAACCCCCAUGCAGGAACAGGAAGGAAUACCUGUUUUGGGAUGCAUUUCAUCCAACAGAGUCUGCAAAUGCUAUCAUUGCAAGGAGAGCUUACAAUGCUCAAUCUUCGUCAGAUGCUUACCCUGUCGACAUCAAUCGCUUGGCUCAGAUCUAAUUGGACAUAAGCUGUUACUGUUAUUUUAAUGUUUGUGUGCCCAUAAAAUCUCUGAUAUUUCUGUCUUUUAUGUUUGUGGUAACAAGUCCAAGUGUAAUUUGCCAUAAAAAUUUUGGUUAAGGUUUGCUUAUUGGUAGUGAGUGCUAAUUAUGAUAUGUAUUUUCAUCCAAAAUUAAUAAAAUUACAAGAAAUUAUUUGCGUGCAAAA